AUGCCAAUCUUUGAUGGCGCUGGAAUUUACGGUUGGGUUGCUCGUGUGGAGAGAUUUUUCCGAAUUGGAGGAUACAACGAUGAGGAAAAGCUUGCAUUGGUCUCUGUAAGUUUGAGUGGAGAAGCGUUAAGUUGGUAUAACUGGGUAGUGAAUACAAGGCAAUUUGGAAGUUGGGUACAGUUUAAGUCAAGCUUGAUGUUGAGAUUUGGGAACUUGAAAAUCAGAGGACCAAGCCAGAGCUUGUUUUGUAUCAAACAAAAAGGGUCAUUAGCUGAUUACAUACAGAGAUUUGAAGACUUAUCAUCCCAAGUAAGUGGUCUUGAUGAACAGAAGUUGGAAGGGAUAUUCCUAAAUGGAUUAACUCAAGAAAUGCAGGAGCUGGUCCAUAUGCAAAAACCUCGUAAUUUGGAUGAAAUGGUAGCAGAAGCUAGAGCUAUAGAGUCAAGUAUCAUGAGGAGAGUGGUCAAGAAGGAACUUAUGCUAGCUAACAAAGAGAAUUUGGGUUCUGACCAUAAAGGGAACUCUGUUUACAAUACAAAUACAUGGAAGAUGAAGACAGUGACCACAGAUCCGGUAAUAAACAAUGAGAAACAAGUUGGAAGAGUCGAGCAAAGACCAAGAAGGCACAACACAAAUGCAGAAUUAGAUGAGAAGAGGAAGAAAGGGAUUUGUUUCAAAUGUGAUGAUCCAUGGUCCAGAGAUUACAAAUGUCCUAACAAAGAGUUGCGAGUGCUAACGACGCUUAAUGGAUAUGAAGUUGAAGUGUUGGAUGAGAAUUAUGAAGAGAUAUACACAGAAACUAUUGGAGAAUGUAUGACGCUUUCGUUUUCCUCAUUUAGAGGCAUGUCAGGACCAUCAACAACAAAAUUAAGAGGUUCAGUGGGAAAAGAUGCAGUGGUGAUUAUGUUGGAUAGUGGAGCAAGCCACAACUUUAUAUCCCCUACAACAGUGAAGAAACUAAAGCUAAAAUGCAGAGAGGAUCCAAACCUCAAUGUCAAGCUGGGAACUGGUAUAUUGGUAAAUGGCUUAGGCGUAUGUGAAAAGGUUACUUUUUCUGCUCAAAACCUGGAGUUCACCACUGAUUUCAUUGUUCUAGAGUUGGGACAUAUUGAUGUAAUAUUGGGAGUGUAUUGGUUAAGAACCCUGGGUGAUUGUAGGGUGAAUUGGGAGAGGAAUGAGAUGUCAUUCAUUCACAAUGGCAAGAUGGUAUCUUUGAGUGGAGAAUCUGAAUUGAUGAUCAAUAAGAUGUCCCUGAAGUCUUUAUCAAGUGACUAUGAAAUUAAAUCAAAAGGAGUAGCGAUGGAGCUGUGUAACCAACAAGCAAACCCCUCAAUGGUAGAAAUGAUUGAUGACAGCAUCCAAGCAGUGUUAAAGGAAUACGACUGUGUGUUUGAGAUUCCAACAACUCUACCACCAAACAGAGGAAGAGAACACGCUAUUUCUCUAGUAAAGGGUACUACAACUGUGAGUGUCCGCCCAUAUCGAUACCCACAUGCACAAAAAGAAGUGAUGGAAAGAAUGGUUAAGGAGAUGUUAGACUCGGGCAUCAUAAGACCAAGCCAAAGUCCUUUUUCCAGCCCAAUCCUGCUAGUUAAAAAGAAAAACAACAGUUGGCGAUUCUGUGUGGAUUAUAGGGCUUUAAACAGAGCUACAGUUCCUGACAAGUUCCCAAUUCCAAUGAUCGAUCAGUUAUUAGACGAACUUAAUGGUUCUGUUAUUUUUUCCAAACUAGACCUCAGAGCAGGAUAUCAUCAAAUACGUAUGAAGGAGGAAGACAUUCCCAAAACCGCCUUUAGAACCCAUGAUGGUCAUUAUGAAUUCUUGGUGAUGCCAUUUGGACUUACAAAUGCCCCAGCAACCUUUCAAGCACUGAUGAACGAGUUGUUCAGACCAUACUUGAGGAAAUUUAUUCUGGUAUUUUUUGAUGAUAUUUUGGUCUGUAGCGAGAGCUUACAACAACAUGUGGAGCAUCUAACAGUGGUCUUGAGUAUUUUGAAAGAAAAUCAGUUGUUCGCAAAUAAGAAGAAGUGUAUGUUUGGCCAGCAACAAGUGGAUUACUUAGGACAUAUCAUUUCCAAAGAAGGUGUCUCCACUGAUCCUGCUAAAACACAAGCCAUGACUAAGUGGGUGACUCCAAAGUCGGUUAAGGAGCUAAGAGGAUUUUUGGGGUUAACCGGUUACUAUAGAAGAUUUAUCAAAGGUUAUGGGAUGUUAGCUAAGCCAUUAACAGAACUUUUAAAGAAAGACAAUUUUGAAUGGAGUUCAGAAGCUCAAGCUACCUUUGAUAAACUGAAACAGGCAAUGUCGACAGCUCCAGUACUAUCUUUACCAAACUUUGAUGAGGUCUUCACAGUAGAAGCAGAUGCGUCGGGCUAUGGUCUAGGAGCAGUAUUGAUGCAGAACAGGAGACCAAUUGCAUAUUUCAGUCAUGGAUUAACAAGUCAGGAACAGUUAAAACCAGUGUAUGAGAGAGAGUUAAUGGCCAUCGUCUUAGCCAUUCAAAAAUGGAAGCAUUAUCUGUUUGGCCGACACUUCGUGGUACACACAGAUCAGAAAAGAGUUGAGAAUACAACAACAGAUGGACUGUCGAGAAUGACACAAACAGAAGGAACAUUAUCAUCUAUUCUACUAUGGGCUAUAACAGUACCUACAGCACUCCAAUUGCAAGAUAUUUUCGAUGACAUUGAGAAAGAUGAACAAUUGCAGAGAGAUAUCAAGACUUAUACCACUGAACCUGAUAAGUAUUGCAAAUUCAAUGUUAAAGAUGGAAGACUUUGGUUUAAACAUCGAUUGGUGGUGAAGUUACAUGGUUACCCAGCUUCUAUUGUUUCAGACAGAGGUAGUACAUUUUUGAGCUCUUUUUGGAAGGAUUGUUUCAGGAUAUCAGGAACAAAGUUGAAAUACAACACAGCAUUCCAUCCACAAACCAACGGUCAGACUGAGGUAUUGAACAGAGAACCUCCAGCUAUAGUCCGGUUUGAAGAGCAGUCGACAAAAGUAAUGGAAGUUGAAGCCUUGUUGAAAGAAAGAGACUUGAUGCUGACUCACAUUAAAGAUCAGCUAUUACGAGCACAACAACUGAUGAAGAAUAAUGCAGAUAAACACAGAAGAGACGUGGAGUUAGAAGUGGGGGAUUGGGUAUUCUUAAAACUGAGGCCAUAUCGUCAACAUUCUGUUACCAAACGAGCGUGUCAGAAACUUGCAAUAAAAUACUUUGGACCUUAUGAAGUUAUGGAGAGAAUUGGGAAAGCAGCUUACCGAUUGAAGUUACCAGAAGGAUCAAAAAUACACCCAGUCUUCCAUAUUUCUCAGAUAAAGAAGGUACUAGGGGAACAUCAAAAGGUUAUCCCUUUACCAGAUGUCUUAAAUGAAACAGAGGAGGUGACUAUGGAACCGGAAGAGGUACUUGAUACACGUUACAAUGACAAAGGUGUGUUGGAGGUUUUGGUUCGUUUGAAAGGACUACCAGAUAACAAGAAGACUUGGGAGGUGGCAAGGGAGUUACAGAAGCAAUUUCCAUCCUUAGCGCUUGAGGACAAGCUUCGUUUCGAAGAGGGGGGUAUUGAUAAGCCUCAUCAGGUUUAUACUAGGAGGAAGAAUAAAGAAGAAGUGGCACGUGUGGAGCGUGAGAGGACCACUUGUGACUGA